AUGGGCGUGCUGCAAAAGGUGUUGCGACCAGGCAGUCGCGAGUUCGUGGUCGUUCUGAAUGUGGUGCUGGCACUGCUGUUCUUCGUGAUGCUGACAGUCAUUUAUACGGAACUGGAGGACUCUUUUCACGUCUUCGUGCUGCUGUUUCUCGUAGUGGGGCUUACGAUCUCUAUCAAUUGGUUUAUCAUCGAAGCCAACAACCUUCAACACUUUCACGUGGCAGACAGCAACAAGCAGACAUCAAUUGUUACUUCAAGAGGCAAAACAGACUAA